CCGGAACCGGAACCCCCCUCUUCAAGUCCCUCUUCCCUCUCCGCGACCCGGCCCUGGCGCCUGCGAGGGUAGCAGGGUGGGAGAGGGCGUGGGAGGCCAGAGGCAGGAGGGGCCCUCGGCCCCGGAGAGUGUAGCAGGCGGGGCUGGUCCCCAGGAGACUGCGGCCCCGGGGAAUGGGCGGGUGAAGGGUGUCCAAGGAGUAGGGUCGGGUCACAGUGGACUACACCGAGCCGGGAGGGUCCGAGCCAGGAGCGGAGCCUGCACCCUCCACCCGCUCUUCGGGAGAUACCAGAACUGAGCCAAGAGGCAGGUGCACCGGGAAAAUGUGUCAGAGUUCUGCUUGGCAGAAGAGAAACUGAGUCACCAGCUCAGGAGCCUCAGGGUCAGCGGGCCUGAGGGGGCUGGGUCUGCCUGUGGUGCAGAGGGUUGGGUGGGCCUGUGUAAGCCGAGGUGGCCUCUGCUUGGAGAUUGGGCUCUUUGCUGUGUCCGCACCUCUUGGCUCAGUUCCCCUGUGCUCCAUGACUCUCGCAUCUCCUGGCUUCUUUUCGUUGGUUUGGAAUUGUCCCAGUGUUUGGAGCCAUCUGAGUGUGUAGUGCCUAGUCCAAGGAGGAAGGGGAGGGGUGGCUGACUGUGGGUCUGAGCAGGAGUCAGGUUUUGGGGAGACUUCUCUGAGCUGCCCUUGUCCCAGUCCUGGUGCCAGUCAUCUUCCAGUAAAGUAUGGGGGAGGAGCACUAACAAAAGAGCCAUGGGUUGUAUAUUCCAUCCCCAGCUCUGCCAUUUGCUAGUUGUAAAAACUUGGAAAGCUUCUCUGAUUUCUCUUUUAGAAAAUUGGAACCGGUAGACAUAGUAAUAAUGGCAGUCAUUUAUUGUGUGCUUGCUUUGUGUCAAGCACUGGUGUGUUCCAUUUAAUUAUCCCAACAAUUCUAGGGUAAAAGAUCAUUAGUUCUGUUUUAUGCAUACAAUCACUGAAGCUCAGAGAGGACAUGUAAUUUGUUCAAGAUUACACAGCUAAUUGGUGGCAGAGCCUGGAUUUCAUCCUAGGUCUAACUCCAUAACCCAUGGCCUUAACCAGCAGGCUAACCAGCCUUUAGGGUACACUCCUCAGUGAGAGAAGAGAGAGGUGAAAAGUCCUAGUUCCCAGCUCCUUGUUAUGUUUUACUUACUUUAUGGUCAGCAAAAACUUACCCUGACCCAACCCAUAGUCUUUCCUCACCUGGUGCUGCCGCCUCUGAGCCUCAAACUGAAGGGGCACCAAAGAAGUGGGCUAUAACCAUUCCAAGCCUUCCUCACACAGUGCUUGGGUGCUGAGCCCUUGGGUUAGCUUUUAAGACAAUUGCUGUUUCAGUCCAUCACCCAUCCACCCUCCUCAAUGAGCAACCUCCCUCCUCAGAGCUGGACCUCAGGAUACAUGAAGCAGGGUCUCUAAACUCUGCAGGCCCAGCUCCCCUGAGAGCUGGGACAGUAAAGGGCUAUGACUAAGGCUGGUCCAGCCAGCCUCUGGGAACAAAGACUAUGCAGUGGGAAAAACAGUAGACUCGGAGGUCUGAAACUCUUCUGAGCUUCGGUUUCCUCACCUGUUAUAGAAGUUAUUAAAACCUCUUACAGGGAAAGCUGCUGCCGCUCACCCCGUGUCUUCUGGCCGCUUCCCUCUUUGCUGCCCCUCCCCACAGGCUCCCCCUCUCCACCUCCUGGGGACCAUCAUGAAUGGUGCCCCUUCCCCGGAGGAUGGGGCCUCCCCCUCUCCUCCCCCCUUGCCACUACCCCCUCCCCCUAGUUGGCGGGAGUUCUGUGAGUCCCAUGCCCGGGCGGCUGCCCUGGAUUUUGCCCGCCGUUUUCGCCUCUACCUGGCCUCCCACCCCCAAUAUGCAGGGGCUGAGGCUGCCUUCUCCCGCCGUUUUGCUGAGCUCUUCCUGCAGCAUUUUGAAGCUGAGGUGGCCCGAGCCUCUGGCUCCCUCUCACCGCCCAUCCUAGCUCCUCUGAGUCCUGGUGUGGAGAUCCCACCACAUGACCUGUCCCUUGAGACCUGCAGGGUAGGCGGGCCCCUGGCUGUGCUGGGCCCAUCUCGAUCAUCGGAGGACCUGGCCGGCCCCCUCCCUUCCUCAGUCUCUUCCUCAUCUACAACCUCCUCGAAGCCGAAGCUAAAGAAGCGCUUCUCCCUCCGUUCCGUGGGUCGCUCCGUCCGCGGUUCAGUUCGUGGCAUUCUGCAGUGGCGAGGGACCGUUGACCCUCCCUCCCCAGCUGGGCCCCUAGAGACUUCAUCAGGCCCCCCAGUUUUAGGUGGAAACAGCAACUCCAACUCCUCUGGCGGAGCUGGGACCAUUGGCAGGGGACUGGUUAGUGAUGGAACAUCCCCAGGGGACAGAUGGACUCACCGUUUUGAGAGGCUGAGACUCAGUCGGGGAGGAGGGACUGUGAAGGAUGGAGCAGGGAUGGUGCAGAGGGAAGAGCUGCUGAGUUUCAUGGGGGCUGAAGAGGCAGCCCCUGACCCAGCUGGAGUGGGCCGGGGAGGAGGGGCAUCUGGGCCUACCUCAGGGGGAGGAGGGCAGCUUCAGUGGCAGAAGUGUCGCUUACUGCUUCGAAGUGAAGGAGAAGGAGGAGGAGGAAGUCGUCUGGAGUUCUUUGUACCACCCAAGGCAUCUCGGCCUCGACUCAGCAUCCCCUGCUCUACUAUCACAGAUGUGCGGACAACCACAGCCCUGGAGAUGCCUGACCGGGAGAACACGUUUGUGGUUAAGGUGGAAGGCUCCUCAGAAUAUAUCCUGGAGACAGCUGAUGCGCAACAUGUGAAGGCCUGGGUGUCCGACAUCCAAGAAUGCCUGAGCCCAGGACCCUGCCCUGCUACCAGUCCCCGUCCCGUGACCCUCCCUCUGGUCCCUGGAACCUCUUUUCUUACAAGGGAGAACACAGACAACCUGGAGCUACCCUGCCUGAAUCACUCAGAGAGUCUGCCCAGCCAGGAUUUGCUGCUGGGACCCAGCGAGAGCAACGACCGCCUGUCACAGGGGGCGUAUGGUGGCCUCUCAGACCGUCCGUCGGCAUCCAUCUCCCCCAGUUCCGCCUCCAUUGCCGCCUCCCAUUUUGACUCAAUGGAACUGCUUCCCCCAGAGUUGCCCCCCCGCAUCCCCAUUGAAGAGGGACCCCCAGCAGGGACAGUUCAUCCCCUCUCGGCCCCCUACCCACCCCUGGACACUCCGGAAACAGCCACAGGUACCAGAGGGUCAUUCCUGUUCCAGGGGGAGUCAGAGGGAGGUGAGGGGGACCAGCCCCUCUCAGGGUAUCCUUGGUUCCACGGGAUGCUCUCUCGACUCAAGGCUGCCCAGUUAGUACUGGCUGGAGGCACCGACUCGCAUGGUGUUUUCUUGGUACGUCAGAGUGAGACGAGGCGGGGCGAAUACGUCCUCACUUUCAACUUCCAGGGCAAGGCCAAGCACCUGCGUUUGUCAUUGAAUGAGGAGGGUCAGUGCCGGGUCCAGCACUUGUGGUUCCAGUCCAUUUUCGAUAUGCUUAAGCAUUUCCGGGUGCACCCUAUCCCUCUGGAGUCUGGAGGCCCCAGCGACGUUGUCCUUGGCAGCUAUGUCGUGUCCUCCCAGCGACAGGGUGAGCAGAGCAGGUCUGCAGGGGAGGAGGUGCCCGUGCACCCAAGAAUUGAGGAGGCCGAGAGCAGGCCGGGAGCCAUGCAGGGGUGUGCGAGGGAGAUCGAUGCUACCCCGAUGCCUCCUCCACCCUCAUGCCCUUCGGAGCGAGUGACUGUGUAACCGAACACCUCCCACGACCCACCCCAGCCCCCUGAACCCCCUUCAUGGACAGAUCCCCUACAUCCUGGGGCAGAAGAGGCGUCGGGGGCGCCAGAAGUGGCGGCAGCAACAGCCUCAGCAGCCAAAGAGAGGCAAGAGAA